AUCUCUCCCUCUCUCUCUCUCUUCUCUCUCCAACACCAAAACAAACACAAACCUAUUUGUUUGCACACUCUCUCCCCGAACCCAGCCAACUGUUUUCCGGCGCCGGUGAAACAUGACUGCAAAAGACUGCGGCCACCACCACCACCACGACGAGCGGAGGAAGCUCUACCGCCUCCUCUUCGCGUGCUUUUUAAUCUUCGUCAUCGUCGUCCUCUUCAUCAUCUUCCUGGUCUGGGCCAUCCUCCGGCCCACCAAGCCCCGCUUCAUCCUCCAAGACGCCACAGUCUACGCCUUCAACGUCUCGCCGCCGAACUUCCUCACCUCCAACCUCCAAGUCACCGUCUCCUCCCGGAACCCUAACAGCCGCAUCGGCAUCUACUACGACAAGCUCGACGUCUACGCCACGUACCGGAGCCAGCAGAUCACGCUGCCGACGCUGGUGCCGGCGAAUUACCAGGGUCACAAGGACGUCAACGUGUGGUCUCCGUUCCUGUGCGGGAAUGCCGUGCCUGUGGCUCCAUAUCUGGCCGCUGCUUUGAGUCAGGAUGAGAUGGCGGGGAUGGUGCUGAUCAAUAUCAAGAUUGAUGGACGGGUGAGAUGGAAGGUGGGCACGUUUAUCUCAGGGAGGUACCACUUGUAUGCGAAUUGUCCCGCUUAUAUAUCGUUUGGUAACAGGAAUAACGGUAUCGUUGUUGGACCGGCCAUUAAGUAUCAGUUGGUACAAAGCUGUCACGUUGAUGUAUGAACAAGUUAACUCCCUCAUCUGUUAGUGUUCUCUCUCCUCACUCUCUCUCUCUAGCUCUGUUUUUUUUUUUUUUUUUUUUCAA